AUGGCGCGGGUUCCACUAAUCGGGAGGCUUUUCUGGUUCGAGUACCUGGCGCUUUUUGGGUCGCUCAUUCUCGUUUUACUCGAGACCAUCAUCCAUCUGAUUACCUUCUGUCUACCGAGCCCGAUCAUCCAAUUCUGCUAUGAUCAGUCCAAGGCCUUGUUCAACAUCUUCAUUUCUACUGAAGCGCGCGACAAGCGCACGAAAGAGGAGAUUUUUGCUGCGUCCAUCGCGGAAGCGUCCGACUUCACCGAGAUCUGCGCUCUGUUUGGAUAUGAAGCCGAGGAGCACAUCGUGCAAACGGGCGACGGGUAUCUUCUCGGCCUGCACCGGCUAGCGUACCGGAAGGGCGAAGAGAGGAUGCGUGUCAACCAGGGUGCAGGCGGUAUCAGCAAGAAAGUCGUCUAUUUGCACCACGGCCUGCUCAUGUCCAGUGAAGUGUGGGUGGCUCUUACCAAUGAGCAGCGCUGCUUGCCCUUCCAGCUCGUCGAAAAGGGGUAUGAUGUCUGGUUGGGUAACAACCGAGGCAACAAAUACGCGAAGAAAUCUGUGCGAUGCUCCCCAGGAUCAAACAAGUUUUGGGAUUUCUCUAUCGACCAGUUCGCCUUCCACGAUAUCCCUAACAGUAUCGAGUAUAUUCUCGAAGUGACCGGUCAACCGUCACUGUCCUAUAUUGGAUUCUCUCAGGGAACCGCGCAAGCAUUCGCGACUCUCUCCAUUCACCCGUUGCUGAACCAAAAAAUUGACGUGUUCGUGGCGCUGGCGCCCGCAAUGGCUCCUUCCGGUCUGCGCAACCGCAUUGUCGAUUCCCUUAUGAAGGCAUCCCCAGAUUUUCUGUUUCUGCUGUUCGGGCGACGCAGCAUUCUUUCCUCCACCACAAUGUGGCAGACCAUUCUCUACCCGCCGAUCUAUGUGCGCAUUAUCGACACCGCGCUGUCGAUCCUCUUUAAUUGGAAGUGUCGCAAUAUCAGUCGCACGCAGAAGCUGGCCGCAUACCUGCACCUCUAUUCAUUCACGAGCACCAAGUCCGUGGUCCAUUGGUUCCAAAUCAUCCGCAACAAGAACUUCCAGUUCUACGAUGACGAAAUCCACGCGCCCUUCAGCAUCGUCGCCAGCGAGCGCUUCUACAAGCCCGUCAAGUAUCCCACGCGCAACAUCAAAACACCCGUUGUUCUCCUGUACGGUGGCAGCGACAGUCUUGUCGACAUCGGGGUUAUGCUUCGCGGCUUGCCGCACGACACCGUCGCCAAGGCCAUCCCGAACUACGAGCAUCUUGAUUUUCUAUGGGCUGCCGAUGUCGACCGCCAGGUUUUUGGUCAUGUUUUUGAGGCCCUCGAGGCUCAUAGCCAGGAGCCGAAUGCUCCUGCCAAAACUAGCCCGUCGUAUCAACGUUCGGAGACUCGUGUUUUCGCUGAUGGCCGACUGUCGAAUACGUCGGCUCUUCGGAAGCACCAUAAUAUUCCCAGCAGCCCGCCUGAUGGGUCACCAUAG